AUGCUCUUGGGCCUCUUGAAUUUGGUGUGCAUUUUAUCGAUUUUUUGUGUGAUUUUGGGUCGAAAUAGUGGAGUUGAGGCGAUCAAAUGCUAUUCGUGUGCUAAUGAUUUUAUUGUUUGGGUGAGUUGUUUCUUCGAGGUUGAAAACGAAUUUCGAAAAUGAAUAUUUGUGAUUCUGACUAGAAAAUUCUGAAAAUAAUUUGGGAAGCCAGAAAAUUUGCAUUCUGGAGUUGGAUUAGAAUAAUAAAAUGAUCAGAUGCUUUUGCAAAAAAUAUUCAUUUUGAGAGGUGUUUCAAAAGAUAAUUUUUUUUUUUAAUUAAGAAGUUUGGAGAAAAAAUUAGAAAAAAUUGAAAUUCCUCAACUCGAAAUUUUUGCGUUAAAUUUAACUCAGAAAUAAAAAAAUUCAGAAAUUUUUAAUCUGAAAAAUUUUGUAAUUAUUCAAGAACUUGAAUUUUCAAAACAUUCAAGCCUAAAAAAUUAUUUUUUGGGCAGAAUUAACAUUAAAAAAAACUUGAAUCUUCACAAAUACAAAUCAUAACAGUCAAAAAAAUUUCACACAAAUUCAAGAAUAAAAAAAAUUGAUGUAUAAUUAUUCUUGAAAUUUCUAACGACUGAAAAUCAGAAAUUUUAUCGAUUACAUAUUUUUUAUUCGAAAAACAAAGUUUCAUGAAAUUUUAAAGAUCAUACCUCACAAGUUCGAAAAAUUUUCAAAUUCUGAAAUUUGAUUCAUGAUCAAACCUCAAAAUUUUACCCAAACCUACAUUUGUAACUCGAAACUCUCAAAAAAUUUUUCAGCAAUGGCGUCACUUUUUUCUAAAACGAAACUACGACAUCUCAGCCAGCGACGCAGAAUGUUCAGCUCGUGAUUAUAUCUCCGAUCUCUAUCAAAACUGCCAUUCAACAUGCUUCGUCUUCUUUCUAAAUGGCACCCACAAACAAACCGGUUAUACAAAAGUGCUCGGUGUCGGUCGUGGUUGUUCCGCCAGUUUUCUGACCGAUGAUCAACAUCUUCAUCUUGGCCUAGGUUCACAUUCUCGACCGUCAGAUGUUGGCGAAUAUCUUCCACGCGAUUUUGAACAAUAUGAUAUUACGGAGCAUUGGUGUUUUUGUGCCACUGAUAAAUGUAAUAGUGAAGAUUGUUAUGCUUCGCCGUUUGGAUCUCGCGAAUAUGCGUCUUCUUAUAUUGCGAAAAGAUUACAGUAUAAUACAUAUUCAGUUUCUUCUUCCUCUUCUUAUAAUUGGCGAUAUCGUAAUACGGGUAAGCCUGAUUGUUUUAACUGAUCUAGUUCUAAAUCUCCCGGAACUUCUACGUUUCACACUGUAUGUUUUUGCAGGUUCUUCGUUCUCCUCUUCAUUGUCGACCACGUUGAUGUUAUUAUUAUUAAUUUAUAUGUUUUUUUGA